AUGAAUGAUAAUUGUUUAAAUGUUGAAACUGAAGAUGCUUUUGCCAGUUUGCUUGAACUUGCUGCCAACAAUGAUAUAGAGGGGUUUAAAAGAUCAAUUGAUCGUGAACCGUCCUGUAUUGACGCGGUUGGACUGUGGUAUGGACGUCAAAAGAGCUCGAAGCAAAUGGUUUUUCAUCAAAGAACUCCUUUGAUGGUGGCUGCGACUUAUGGUAGCCUUGAUGUUUUGAAACUGAUUAUCUCUUCACCUGAAGUUGAUGUGAAUCGAUCAUCUGGCGUUGACAAGGGCACUGCUCUUCACUGUGCUGCAUCUGGUGGAUCAGUUAAGGCUAUUGAUGUUGUGAAACUGCUUUUGGCAGCUGGUGCUGAUCCAAAUCUGGCGGAUGCAAAUGGCUGUUGUCCCGCUGACGUUAUUAUCGUCCCUCCGAAAUUUCAAGAAAUGAAAAUUUCUCUUGAAACGAUUCUAAAAAAAGAUGCCUCGUUCGGAGAACUCAAUCUUAGAGUGUCAACAACCAUUUCAAAUUCAGUUUCUUCACCUCUUUCACCACCUCCUUGUAUUGGAUCCCCGUCAUCUCCUUCAGAGUUGGUGGCUUCUCCUAAGAGCUCAAAGUUUGCAUCAGAAAAGAAAGAAUACCCCAUCGAUCCAUCUUUGCCUGACAUCAAGAAUAGCAUCUAUUCUACAGAUGAGUUCAGAAUGUUUUCAUUUAAGGUUCGACCUUGCUCUCGUGCAUACUCACAUGAUUGGACCGAGUGCCCAUUUGUUCACCCGGGUGAAAAUGCUAGAAGAAGGGAUCCAAGGAAAUACCACUACAGCUGUGUACCUUGUCCUGAUUUUCGCAAGGGGGCUUGCCGUAGAGGGGACAUGUGUGAAUAUGCUCACGGAGUUUUUGAGUGCUGGCUUCACCCGGCUCAAUACCGGACUCGGCUUUGCAAAGAUGGAACGGGUUGCAACCGCAGAGUCUGUUUCUUUGCCCACACACAAGAGGAGCUCCGACCCUUGUAUGUAUCGACAGGUUCAGCCGUUCUCUCUCCUCGCUCGAGCUCCUCUGCUGCUAAUGCCAUGGAUUUCACUGCAGCAAUGAGCCUUUUACCGGGUUCUCCUUCAUCUCCAUUUACUCCGCCUAUGUCUCCUUCCACAAAUGGCAUGUCAAAUAUGGGUUGGCCCCCACAAAAUGUUCCGGCACUGCAUUUACCUGGAAGCAACCUCCAGUCCAGUCGCCUGCGAACAUCACUGAAUGCUAGAGAUAUCCCCCCUGAAGACUUGAGUUUAUUACAAGAUUUUGAUUUCCAACAGAAGCAGUUCUUGAAUGAACUAUCUCGCCUAUCCCAACCAAGUAUUAACACCAAUUCAUUGAACCAUUCUGUUCAAUCAAAAACCUUAAUCCCUUCGAAUCUUGAGGAUGCUUUUUCUGUNAUUCCUUCAAAUCUUGAGGAUGCUUUUUCUGUUGAGAGCUCAUCUCCCAGAUAUACUGAUACAUAUGUUUUCUCCCCAACUCAUAAAUCUGCACUUCUUAAUCAAUUCCAGCAGCAGCAACAGAACAUCCUAUCCCCAGUUGACACACCUUUUUCACCAAGAAACAUAGAUCACGCUCUAUUGCAGGCCCCUUUUGGGUUUCCGUCUUCAGGGAGGAUGUCACCACGCAGUAUGGAGCAUAUGUCAUCAAUAAAUUAUCGUGUGUCAAUGCUAGCUCAAAGUGAGAAGCAUAAGAAACAGUUUCGAAGUCUCAGCUCACGUGAUCUUGGCUCCAAUGCCAUGGCUGCUGUUGCCUCUUCAGAAGAUGCAUGGUCAAGCUGGGGAUCAUCUACUGGGAAGCCUGACUGGGCGGUCAAUGCUGACGAGUUUGGUAAGCUAAAGAGAUCAUCAUCAUUAGAAACUCUGAACGGUGCCGAGGAGCCUGAUUUAUCAUGGGUUCAGUCACUCGUUAAAGAAUCCCCACAGGAAACAAAGGAAAAAUCUGCACCUUGUGUCUUCUGCACUGCUGAUUCGGUUACAUCUACUGGUGAGAAUCCGAAUUUGGAUUCAGAGGCUGAACAUAUCGAUCAAUCUACUGCUUUGGGUGCAUUGCUCGAGCAGAUGAAGCUUGAUCAGCUGAUGGCUCAGUAA